AUGCAACCCUCAGAACCAGAGCGCUACAUCCGCAGCCGCAUCGCCAACGCUUGCGACGGCUGCAAAUCCCGCAAAGUCAAGUGCGACGGUAAAUUACCAUGCAGCUACUGCACGCGACGCCAGAAGCCGCACGACUGUCACUAUUCUCCCCAGCGACGACGUAAAGCGCAUUCCGUGCGAUCGCCGCAGACUUCGGAAAGGGCGCAGUCGACGAGACAUACUACGCCUUCUACACCUGCUGCUGCUGCUGAACCUGUGGCGCAGAUUGAUAGGGAUAAUGGGGGACAGAUUGAUGCGGAGGAUGAGACCGAGGUUCCGAGGGAGGCGAGGUUGGUGUGCGAUGCGCAGGGAAAGUUGAUAUUCGUCGGCGAUUGUGCGCCUCUUUCGUUUUUUCAGAGCGUGAGACAACUCGUUACCACAAGAGUUGGACAGAAUGCUUUUGCGCCGCAGUCGAGUCGGUAUUCAGUCCUUGAAAAUGCGACGGCGCAUCAGUCGAGACGGAUACCGGGUGAUAACCGCAUACCAAUCGUUCAUCCAGAUGAUAUUCCCCUCGCAGUAUCGAAUUACUUAUCCAUUGCCACCGGCCUCGUGGAUCUCUUCGACAAUCGCCGCCUUCAAGAUGAUCUCAUCCUCUGGGCGAAUAUGGACCCGAAGCAAGACGACGCUACAACGAUUGUCAAUUUCCUCGUACUCGCCAUCGGGAUGAAGAUCAAUGAUGAGGAGCGAUCGCAGGAUUACUUUGAGUAUGCGCGCGAUAAAGCAUAUUCCAACCUCACCGGCAAUCUCAGCGUCUCAACGGUCCAGAUGUUUACGCUUAUUACGUUAUACAUGCUGUGUGCAUGCCAGAUCAACGGGGCGUUUCUCUUCUUCGGUACGGCUGUGCGGGCAGCUUACUCUAUCGGCAUUCACAGAACGGAAGUCAACGCGCGUUUUGGGCCUGAUAUCCACAGACAGCGCGAUCGGCUAUGGAAGAGCAUUCGUGUCGUUGAUCUGUUUCUGAGUUCGUCGAUGGGCAGGCCGCCUGCAACUUCAGAUGUCGACUGUACAGUUCCAUACCAAAGUCCUGAUGAGAACGUUGAAGAACCGGUCGAUCUACUCAAUGCAUCGGUGCAGAUAUUCUUGGUUCUCGAGGGUGUUGUCACAGAGAUUUACUCACGACGAAAAGUGUCGCUGCAACUUACAGAGGGGAUAUCACUCCAACUCCGAGAUUGGUCGUCGCGGUGGUUGAAGCAGCUUAAGGAUAUAGUGGCCAACCCGGAGGCUCAGGAUAGAGCGCAGGCGAGUGGUGCGUGUCAGAUAUUGGCGACGUAUUAUUACGCUGUCAUGUUGGUGUCAAGACCAUUUCUGAUGUAUGAGCUUUGUCGAAGACUGUCUGAUGGUUCGGUCAACUCGAAUGGAAGAUCGUCUUUGACGAGUGGAAAGUCGAAGUUGGCAGAUGCUUGUAUUGACGCGGCGAGUUUGAUGGUUGAUCCGAUAUUGGAUCUCAUUCAGAAGGGGAUUCUUGUUGGACAUGUUCCCAUUCUCGUGUCAUGGCUAUUUGCUAGCUCUCUUGUUCUUGGUGUCGGCCUCCUUGGUGGUUUCGGCCGCGUCCUCGAGAAAUACACCCGCAUGGCCAUCCACGCACUAGAUCACUGCUCCAAACACGAUACCCACGCAGGGCAAUACUCACUCAUCGCCCAAUCCCUUUUGACGACCGCCCUCGAGUAUCUGGAAAAGCGCGAACUUGCCGAACGUCAACGACGGACGGAAAACUCAAGCCAGCUCUUCGGUCUCAUACCCUCCGACACGAUGGACUCAUCACCAACCUUCACAGGCCAAUCAAUAGCCACACCGUCUUCUAGAGGUCGCGAAUCACUUGAUAGGACGUUCCUACAGCACAACGGGUUACAAAAUGUCGGAUCACCGUUGUUUGGCGACUUGGAUUCCGCGUUUCUGGGACUAAGUGAGAGUAUGAUGCAGACGCCUGAUCCGAGCUACUGGGGCGGACCGCUGGGGAAUGAAGCUGACUCGGGCUCGGCUUUGAACUUGUUUGCGCUGUUGGAUGCAGGCGGUGGCAUUGACCUGACGCAUCAUCUGUGA